GUGUGUGUGUGUGUGUGUGUGUUCCGCUCCGGGGCUCAGCGGUCGCUCGGCCUGCCUCCAGCCGGCCUCAGACGCUCCUCUCCCGGCGUCAUGUCGCUGCUCUUCUCGGAGGAAGAGUUCCAGAGCGCCUGGACGGAGCUGGACGAGCCGCAGCUGGACGGAGGAUGGGAGCUGUUCACCGAGAGCAUGGGGGUGAAGAUCUACCGGCUGUACGACCAGGACACGGGGCUGUAUGAGUACAAGGUGUUCGGGGUCCUGGACUCCUGCCCCCCUGAGCUCUGUGCCGACGUCUACAUGGACCUGGACUACCGGAAGCAGUGGGACGGAUACGUCAAAGAGCUCCACCAGGACCAGUUUGAGGGGCGUCCGGCGGUCUACUGGCAGGUCAAGUACCCCUUCCCGCUGUCCAACAGAGACUACGUCUACGUCCGGGAGCGCCGGGACCUGGACCUGGACGGCCGGAGGAUCUGGGUGAUCCUGGCCCACAGCUCGCCGGAGACGCCGUGCGCCGAGCGCAGCGGCGUCCUGCGGGUCCGGCAGUACCGGCAGAGCGUCGCCAUGGAGACCGACGGAGCCCGGGGCGCCAAGGUGUUCAUGCGCUACUUCGACAAUCCUGGAGGGAUGAUCCCGGCCUGGCUGGUCAACUGGGCGGCCAAGAGCGGAGUCCCCAACUUCCUGACUGACAUGCAGAAGGCCUGCAGCAACUACGCCGCCUACUGCCAGAGGAAGUGAGGCGGGCGGCUGGAGGGGCGGGGCCUGGGGAG